CACUCUGCGAGGAACAAAGCUCAGAAGAAAUCAUGGCAACAGAAACAGAAGUCGCUCCCGCCGCCCCGGCCCAGGGCAAGGCAGUACCCGCCAAGAAGAAGAAGGCGGCGGCCAAGCCGAAGAAGGCCGGCCCCAGCCUCAGGGACCUCGUCAUCGAAGCGGUGUCGCUGUCCAAGGAGCGCGGCGGCACGUCCCUGGCCGCCAUCAAGAAGUAUCUGCUCUCCAAAGGAUACGAUGUGGACAAGAACAAGGUCCGCGUCAAGACCGCUAUCAAGGCUUUGGUCGCCAACGGGACCCUGACACAGCCCAAAGGCUCCGGCGCCUCCGGGUCCUUCAAGCUCGCCAAGAAGGCCGCCGAGCCCAAGAAGAAGAAGGCCGCCGAACCCAAGAAGAAGAAGGCCGCCGAACCCAAGAAGAAGAAGGCCGCCGAACCCAAGAAGAAGAAGGCCGCCGAACCCAAGAAGUCCCAAAAGGCAGCAAAGAAGGCAGCAACCGAAAAGAAGUCUCCCAAGAAGACGAAGAAACCCACAUCGGCCAAGAAGCCUAAAGGCACGCCAAAGAAACCCACCAAGGCCAAGUCCUCAAGGAGCCCCAAGCAGCCCCCCAAAAAGACUACAGGAAAGAAACCCGCCCCGAAGAAGAAGACUACUUCUGCCGGCAAAUCCAAGAAAGCAGCACCCAAGAAGAAGUGAAGCUCCACAUCACUCAUCUACACAAAGGCUCUUUUAAGAGCCACACACAUCAACUUUAAAGACUUCUUUCCUAUUCAUUCAUACGGCUGCAAUCAAGAUAUGUAUAUAAUGAUAAUAAAAAAAAAACACAGCUCACUAAAAAACACAAGUUACAGAAUAGCGGUAAUAAAUUAUUCCUUAAUUACUUUAACUGUCGUAUUGAGGCUGAUAUCAAUAUUACAUGUGGAAAAUAACCUGAUAACAGGCUCAGGGCAGUAUACACUGUAUAUUUGUUUUACUAGCUGUAAGUAUGUAUAUAUUUUUAGAUUUAAAAUUCGCUUCAACGGUCUCUAUGUAUUUUCAAACUGCAGGAUAUAAAUAAAGGAUUUCACUUUAAAAUCACAACUUUCACAACA